CUGAAGGAUGCACAAGUAUGGAAAGACGCCGCUGUUCAAAUUUUCUUUUCUCUGUCAGCCUCUCAGGGUGGACUCAUAGCUCUGGCUAGUUAUAAUGAAUUCCACAACGACGUCAUCAGAGACACAAUGAUUGUUGGUUUUGGGAAUUGUCUAACCAGUAUUUUUGCUGGCUUUGUAAUUUUCUCUUACCUGGGACAUCUUUCGUAUAUACUGGGCGUUCCUGUGGAUGAAGUUGCUACGAGCGGACCUUCCUUGGCCUUCGUUGUCUACCCUUUCGCUGUCACGCAACUUCCGAUUGCUCCGCUAUGGUCCAUUCUAUUCUUCCUCAUGUUGCUGACACUUGCUGUGGACAGCGAGUUUGUAUUGGUUGAGACGGUCGUGACGUCAUUGAUGGACAAGUUUCCCAAACUCCGAGAGCAGAAGUUGCCGACAGUCAUUGGUGUUUGUGUUGUGAUGUUUCUUCUAGGCCUCACACUGACCACUAAUGGUGGUAUAUAUAUGCUGGAGAUAAUGGACACUUACUCGGGUGGAUGGGGUGUGCUGUUUAUCGCCAUAUUUGAGUGCAUUUCUGUAGCGUGGAUUUAUGGUGUGUUCCGAUUUUUAGACGAUCUCCAACUGAUGGUUGGUGCACGUUUUUGUCAUUGUGUUCCCUUUGUUGUGCUCAAGUUUUGGUGGGUGAUUUGUUGGGGCUGUGUAACACCCGUUCUAUGUGCUAUCAUUAUGAUAUUUUCCUGGGUGGACUACACAGGCCUAGCCAAUAAAGCUCAUUAUAACGUGUACGCUGAUCUUAUUGGCUGGGGAAUGACACUAACCAUCAUUCUCUCCAUUAUUGGCACGGCUAUAUAUGUAGUAGUCCGAGAGUAUGGAAAUAUCAUGGAGAGACUGAGAGGGGCGUUUAGUCCCACAACUGAGUGGGGACCCGCCCUAGUGAAAUACCGUCAGGAGGCAGAAAACCACACCAUGAAAUACACCAACACAUUUGUCAUUGAUGUGCAUCACACGGAAUCUCGGGAGUCCAAAGGCUCAGAAAUUAUGGAAAUGUCUACAGUGGGUGGUAUUGAAAAUAAAUGUUAUAUCAUACAUGGCGAGGAAGAUAACAACAGACCAAACGCCGAAAACGGAGUAGGUCCAGCCAUGGAACAAUGA